AUGUUUGCUAUGCAAUGCCCUGCGGCCUUUCAGCUAGCAUCCGGUGUUCCUAACUUUAAGAAAGCCGUUUGGGGUGUAACGGCCACCUCCUCGGAGACGGCUUUGAAGGCCGCUCUAUCCGGCAGACAUUCACGCAUGUGUGUUCACAUCCUCUUAACUCUAAGAGCUUUCGGAGACGCAGCAUCCUCGUACGUGUGCUGUUUCUUCCGCGACUGUUGCUCCUGUCUCUGCUUCCAGGGCCUUAAGAAGAAGAGCACCCUGCAGCUCGCCAGCGGGCACUUGGUUGGUGAGGAGUUCUUCGGCGCGCUCACUGCUUUCCAGGGGCCCUCCUCCGAUACUCCCCACAUUGAGGGGGCUGCGCAAAAACCGCAUGCCCAGCACGCGCAAGCCUUUGAAGAAGAGGGAGGCUUGUAUGCGCAGAAGCCCCCUAGAGCCUGGAAAAUAUCCGGAUUUAGCGCAAGGCCCUCGUGCCCCGCAAGGAAUCCCUUGGCAGCUGAGAAAAGGAGGUGGGCAGCUGCUGCGGCGGGAAGCGCCCUGCUGGAUAGCCAGCUACUGCAGCAGCAGCGGUGGCUGCUGACGAGCGUUGAGGAGGCCCUUGAGGGUUUCUUCGAUGCACUGGCGUUUAGCGGCAGGCGCUUUGGAAGGCCUAGCGCACCGCCGUCAGAAGUGGCUAUGAGUGCUGGGUGGAUGGGAGCCUCAUCUUCCAUUGCAGUCGCGGGGUCGAGAGGCGCUGCCGUCGGGGAGGGGGAAAGCUCCGUCAUGACAUGGGUACUUGCCCCCGCAGGAGGCGACGAUGCGGGCGACACGUCUAGGAGGCUGGCAGAGGAGAGAGACGUGCUGCUGGAAGCCUUGGAGUUCGCGUUUUCGCUGCAUGCGGAGGAGGUCAUGCGGGAGAGAAAGGCCUCGGGGCUCUUCUCUACGGGCAGCUACGCGCCCGCGGGGGCCCCUCUUGCCGCAACUUUGCAGGUUAGCUUCGACUCGGUGCCUCUUCACGAGCAGCGGAUCCUGCAGGCGGAGUGGGAAGAGGCCCUGGAAACUUCGUUGUGGGAGCGUGUGGGGGGGGAGGACUCUUUGGAAGAGGCCUUUUACGACACCCUUAUAACUCCGGGAAAAGCGCAGCUCUCGGGGGAAGGCAUGAACAAUGCGCCGCAUGUGGAUGAAGGGGGGGAUAACCGCAGACAUUUGCGGGGCCUCUUCGAGGCGAUGGUAAGGGGCCUCGAGGGGCCCGAGGGGGCGACGGCUCUUGAGGUUCUGUCGCUUUCCCUAGAAGAUCUGCGGAUCAUCUUGGCUCUCGAAGAGGAGACGGGGGGCCCCCUGUCCCUUGUGGUGGUGGAGGACUGGGGGGAGAGCGCGGAGGUUGCUCACAUCCUCGGAGACGAGGAAAAGGCCGCUUUUCUCGUCGGGCAGAAGGACGGAACCCCACAGACGCUAGGACUAGAGGGAGGGGAAGAAGGAGACAGCGCGGCGAAGGAGGAAGAGGGCCUUGUCGACGAUAACUACUGGCAUUGGCUUAUAGAAGACCCUGGGGCUUGGUAG